AUGCUUAUGAAAAUCCUCAUCUGCGAUUGUGAUUUCAUGGGCCAAAACCACAGCAACGUUUCAUUUCUCUGUUGCAGUUCCACGGUCGGAACUGAGAAGAAGCCUUCCUCUAGCACCACUGACAAUCUAGACAAGCCAACCUAUGAAGUCGUCUACGCAUGGUCACAAUCAUUCGAGAAUCUCAUGAAAAAUAAACUCGGCCAGAAGUACUUCGCUGAAUUUUUGAAAGGCGAGUACUCGGACGAAAAUAUCCUAUUCUGGCAAGCAUGUGAAGAGUUGAAACGAGAGAAAAAUGCCGAAAAAAUCGAAGAAAAAGCACGCAUUAUCUACGAGGAUUUCAUCUCAAUACUCUCACCAAAGGAAGUCUCAUUGGAUUCGAGAGUUCGCGAAAUUGUCAAUACCAACAUGUCGCGACCGUCGUCAACAACAUUUGAUGAGGCUCAAAAUCAGAUUUACACUUUGAUGCAGAGAGACUCGUAUCCGAGAUUCCUCUCAUCGCAACUGUACAAAAACAUAAUAGGAAAUCACGGAACACUGGAGGAGGUCUGA